AUGCAGUGUCCUGCUGAUAUCAAUCUAGCGCCAUCAGGACGCCCGACGCCCUUGACCAAUCUCGAGUACGCUGACGAUGUUGUUAUAUUCGCAGAAAGCAGUACGAAACUUCAACAUGUUGUCAGCCUUGUAUCGAAGCUGGCUGCAGAUUAUGGACUACGUCUAUGCCCUGAUAAAUGCAAGCAGAUGUGGAUCUCCCCAAGACCUGGAUCUCCUCGAGAACGGAAAUCAGAGUGGACGGACACCCAAAAGAACUCGUCGAUGAGUUCUGUUACUUGGGCUGUACGCUGA